AUGGCUCGGAAGAGGGGCUCCGACGAAAGCGGAACGGGUGACCAGCCACCGCAGAAGAAGCAAAACCAAGGCUUGGAAGUCCUCCACGAGUUCCGAGCCAAGUACAACAAGUAUCCCCGACAGCUCAAGCCGGUCGACCUCUUGAGCAUGUUCCACGGCAUCAGUGUCUUCCAAUGGCAGCUUCCCGAGAGCCAGACACUUCUAAACACCAUGCUGUUGCCGUCCUUCUUCACCCAUCAACUGGCACUCUUCAAACACCUAGAUCUCAGACGACAAGAGAUCCUGAAGGCAAGUAAGGAGAAGCUGCUGAAGAAGAAGGUUGGCAUCAAAGCUGGCAUCCUGGCAUUGCGGGUAUUGGGGAAGAAGUUGCAAGAAGCAGGAACCGAAGCCGAAGAGACGUACGAGGCGGCCUUGAAGAUGGAAGUCAUGUUAAUCAACAGGUACAUCAGCUCGGUUGGUAAGCGGACACUUAUGGACGAAGCCGCGAUCGAAGCGGAUUACGUGGAGGGCUUAAGGGAGCUGGGCGCUGCAUGA